GAAACAGUAUAGGUACCAAACGAAAAAAAAUUUCGAUUCGAAUUAAAAUGCACAAUAGGGGUGAUUAUUCAAAUUUAGGCGGGCAACAAUUGUUUAAAACAUAUCGUUUAUACCAUGUAUGGUCAAUAAAUAUAAUAAAUACAAAUAGAAACUUUAGUUAGAAGUAAUUAACAAAAUGAUAAUCAAUGAUAUAUACGAAGUAAAGCUAAUAGCCAGAAUCGUAUAUUUUAAAGAUAAGAUAAUAGAUAUUAUUAUCAUUAUUAUUAUUAUUGUUUAUAUAUAGUUCAUUCAUUAUACAUAAUAGUUAAAUGCACCAACUUUUGGCAAAAUCAUUUAAAACGCUACGAAACUUAUAAUUAACUAAACAAUGUCUCCCUUGCCAUCGUGUAAUAUUAUUUUGGAACCAGAUUUGCCCUCCUGGUUACAGCAAAUCAAAUUGGAAAAUACUAUUAGAAAGGAAACGAAUGAAGAUGUUUGUAAAAUAUUGAACAUAAAUAUAAAAAAUGCUUCUAAGUCUGGAGAAAAUUAUUCAUCACUAUUGUUGCGCAUAAAAACGGAUGUUGAAUUGGCUGAUGGAAAACACAAAACAUUGUCAUUCGUUUUAAAAGCCCAACAUUCCAAACAAUUUAUGAUUCAAAUAACAAAUAUGUUACGACUUUUUCCCAAAGAAGAAGAAAUGUACUAUAGAAUUUUGCCAAGAUUUGAAAAACUUUAUGAAGAUGUUGGUAAAAUCGUGCAAUUUGCACCAAAAGUUCAUCGAUUUGAUCAUGAUAUUGGUGUGGAGCAUAUACUAAUGGAAGAUUUACAAAUGAACCGUUAUAAAAAUAUCAAUCGGUUCGAGGGCCUUGACAUAAUUCACAGCGAAACAGUACUAAGGAAACUGGCGGAGUAUCAUGCAGCAUCGGCUUGUUAUGUAGAAAAAUACGGCCAGUUUAGUGAGGAUUUUACCCAGGGAGUUUUUAGUUCUAAAAAUCGUAGUCUUCUGCAAGAGUUCAAUGCCUCAAGUGCGUUUCUAGCGCAAUUAAAAAAAUGGCCAAAUUGUCUGAAAUACUAUGAGAAAUUAUGUGAUACUGAUGUCUAUUUGGUUGAUCGUUUGCUGGAAGAUCAAAAAGUUAACGCCCGUGAGUUUAAUGUUCUCAAUCAUGGCGAUUUAUGGUGCAAUAAUAUCAUGUUUCAGUACGAUGCAUUUGGUAAAAUUAAAAACACUUUGUUUGUAGAUUUCGCUAUAAGCAAAUAUGGUUCACCGGCUAAUGAUUUGUAUUAUUUUAUACUUUCAUCUUGUGCUGCGGAUAUAAAAUUGUCUAAAUUUGAUUAUAUGGUACGUUACUACUACGAUCAUUUAAUUGAGAAUUUGAAACUAUUACAAUACGCGCGUCCUCUGCCGAAAUUAGUAAAUAUUCAUUGUUCUCUUUUAAGGAAUGGCUUAGCCGCUUACAUGGUUGUGUCCAAGGUAUUCCCUGCUGUCAUUUUGCAAAAUACUGAUAAUGCUAAUUUAGAAAAUUAUAUAGAUGAUCAGUCCAAAAUGAAAAUGUCAAUGUUUUCUAAUCCAAAAUAUGUUGAAGCCAUGAUGGAGAUUUUACCCUGGCUAGAUAACCGCGGUUUAUUGGAUUGGAUUUAAUCAUGCAUGCAGAUAAAUUAUUUAUUAAGAUAUGCAAUGUUUUAUUAAAAAACUUACUAAUCCCUUAUCAUCGUAUUCAUGAAAGCUUUAUAUUAUUUGCAUAAAAUAAUUAUUUUGCUUAUAA